CAAAACAAUUUGCACAAAAAACACAUACCGACAAUUGAUAAAUACCACGUAAUUGUAACUGAAAAGAAAACAAAACAUAAAAUAGAGAAAGAAAAACAAGAAAAUUAACCACCACCUAAAAUGAUAAAGUUAUUAUAAAAAACACAGAUAAAUUUAUUAGUUGAAAUUGUCAAAUAAUAAAAAACACAUUUCAAGAUAACACAAUAAAACAAAAACAACAAAUUAAAUGUGGAAAAUUAAUUAUUUUCCAACUUUCAUCCAGGUCAUAUCAUUAGAAAAGUGGUAUUUAAUGCGUACGUAUGACCUUCAUGGUAUGACCCUGCGCAAGUAACUGCAAUAAAUGGUUUUCAAAUGUGUACGUGAAACAUUGAACAACGACGACGAUACUUUCAGUAAUUCAGUGACCACCGAACAGGAAGCAGGUCUUCUUGUUUUUAAUUUGAAUUGUCUUAAAACAAAACAAGUAGAGCAAAUAUAGCGUUCAUACGUGCAACUAAUAAUAUGGAACUUGAGGGUAACGUUAAAAAUUAUGAAUGGGGUAAAUUGGGCGAAAGUUCCGAAGUGGCCAGACUGGUUAAGGCAAAUAAUGAAAAUUUCAACAUUCUAAAUAACACUCCCUAUUCUGAACUAUGGAUGGGUGAUCAUGGUAGCGGUCCGUCAGUAGUUAAGUCUUCUGGCCAAGUUUUGGGAGAAGUAUAUAAGCAGCGCUUACCCUAUCUAUUUAAGGUGUUAAGUGUACGCAAAGCUUUAAGUAUACAAGUUCAUCCGAAUAAGGAAGAAGCUACACGUUUACACAAAGAAAGACCUGAUUUGUACAAAGAUCCCAAUCACAAACCAGAAUUGGCCAUAGCUUUAACACCUUUUAUGGCACUUUGUGGUUUUCGUCCAUAUUCGGAAAUUCAUAGAUUCUGUGAAGAAAUACCUCCUUUGAAGGAACUAUUGGGUGGCGAUGCCGUAGUCAAUGGUUUAUCUAAUGGUUCUGUAGAUAAUUUAAAAAAAUGUUAUCAAACUCUUAUGACUGCCGAUUCGGCGACCGUAUCAAGUAUAAUUGAUACAAUAUUGAAAGACUAUGAUAAUGUUCUUCUCAAAUACAGUCUGCAAGAUAUAUUUAUAACCAUUAAUUCAGAUUUUCCUGGAGAUGUUGGUGUACUCUCAUUAUUCUUUUUAAACUUACUCUAUCUGCAGCCGGGUGAAUCUAUUUAUUUGGGCGCCAACGAAAUUCACGCAUAUCUCUCUGGGGAUUGUAUCGAAUGCAUGGCCUGUUCGGAUAAUGUCAUACGUGCAGGUUUAACGCCCAAAUUUAAAGAUGUCAAACAAUUGUUGGCAUCAUUAAAUUAUACGGGUUCGCCAGCCUCAUCAAAACUUUUCCAACCCAAAGAACUCGACGAAAAUAGCAAAUUAUUUGCACCACCCAUACCUGAUUUUGCAGUUGUACAAAUUUUAUUAUCAUCAUCUUCAUCACCAUCCGCUUCAGAAUAUACAUUGAAAUUACCACAAUCACCUGGUAUAUUAUUAGUUUUAAGUGGUUCUCGUACUUUACGUUUAAAAGGACAUUCCGAUUUAGUAUUAAAGCGUGGUUCAAUUGUGUUCAUACCGCCUGAAAAUAUGAACAAUAUAGAACUUUUAAAUUUAGACAAGAAAAACACAGAUUUCAAUGCAUAUCUUGCUACAGGAAAUUCUUUUAAUUAAAUCAUUUUAAAUUGAGCUUUUAUAUAAAUAGUUUGUAUAUGUUUUAUAUAUCAUUUUAAAUGUUUUGUUAAUUUAAAAUUUAUCUAGAUGUUA